UGACUUACGUCAGUGUGGGUGUUUCAGUGUCGGCAGCCAUUAUUCUACGUAUUAAAUUGCAAUUUUUGCUGUUUCGCAUUAAAGUAUUUUUAAAACAGAGAAAUUAACUAUUUUCUAUAUUAUCCACAAUAUUAUAAUUUUCAGUUGGGAUAUAUUUGUACUGUGAUAAUGAAUCCAGAAUACGACUAUUUGUUCAAACUUCUCCUCAUUGGCGACUCUGGUGUAGGCAAAUCUUGCCUACUGCUCAGGUUUGCUGAUGAUACAUACACAGAAAGCUACAUCAGUACUAUUGGUGUAGACUUUAAAAUUCGGACUGUAGAACUAGAUGGGAAGACAAUAAAGUUACAAAUAUGGGACACAGCGGGGCAGGAGCGGUUUAGAACAAUCACAUCAUCAUAUUACAGAGGGGCACAUGGCAUCAUCAUUGUUUAUGACUGCACAGAUCAGGAUUCAUUCAGCAAUGUGAAGCAGUGGCUGGAGGAGAUUGAUCGCUAUGCAUGUGACAAUGUCAACAAGCUUCUUGUCGGAAACAAGUGUGAUCUUACCACUAAGAAGGUUGUCGACUACACCACAGCUAAUCAAUACGCGGAGCAGUUGGGCAUCCCAUUCCUGGAGACAUCGGCGAAGAAUUCCACAAAUGUGGAGCAGGCAUUUAUGACAAUGGCUGCUGAGAUUAAGGCGCGUGUUGGGCCGCCGUCCGCCGGCGCGCCGCCCGGAGCUGCUGUCAAGAUAGACCAGGGACGUCCCGUUGACACUGGAAAGUCCUCCUGCUGCUGAACGCGCACACGGCUGGCAGCGGGACGCAGAGCGCGUGUGUCGCAGGCUCGCGCGGCCGGCCGCCGCACUCACAACAAAUGCAAUCACCACAAAAACCUUUCACGAUCGCAAACUUAUUAUAAAUUAAAUUAAAUAAAUUAAACCAUAGUGUUGUGCGCAGUUGCCGCGCUAAGUAACCCUAAUCCACUGCAAUAUUAAUGCAUAUUGUCAUCUCUGAUAUUACAGAGGUAACAAUGUGUGUUGAUACAUUGCUGCAGUGGAAACCCACUGCAACGCCAGCUAACUUCUCCUAAGUUGCUAUUGUCCGAUAUUGUUAGUUAAAAGAUGGUGAGAUGGAUGGGUGUAUGUUUAUACAUGUUUAUAUAUAAAAUGAAUAUCGUAGGUUAAUUUUUUUGUGCUGUAUUCCAAAAUAGGGAUCAUUCGACGCGAGUCUAUUUAAAUUUGGAAUGAACGGAAUGGAGUUGGUGUACUAGGGAUGUGCGGUAUAACAAGAAACAUCGAUAAAAAUUGUACGAGUUGUGGAAUCGAUUUCUGAACUUACAAUUUUAUGAUAAAAAAUAAAAAUCUAUCUUCCAAAUGUUCUAAUGUGUUUAAGAAUCUAGGAGACUAUGUUAUUUCAAUUGUAAUAAGUAAAAAAACAAUCAAGAUUUAAUUUUAUUAAUUUUCAUUUAAUAUUAUUAUUGUUAUAUUAUUUAUAAUUUAUAUUCAAUUUUAAUUUUUCGUAUCAUAUAUUGAGGUAACAUUGUCUUCUUUACUGAAGAUCUCGGUGACAUUUUUACAAAUUGAUGUUAAACAUUUUGUUAUUGCCGGCUACAAUUACAUACUAGUCGAUUUCAUUAUGUUAUCGAUUCAAUAACAAAUCCCCUCGAUAUAAAAACAACGAUUUAAUUUAAAUAUCGCACAUCCCUAAAAUCAGGUGUUUCCCGUGAGAUCAAACGGUCCAAUGGCAUAUAUAUCUUAGAAUCAAUCGGAUUAAUGGUAAAUAUCAUUGGGCCGUUUAGCCUACCGAAUGAUAAAAUGGGGGGAAACUAACCUAAAAGCUCCGUUGUCCAUUAAAUAUAUAUUAUUAGGCUUAUUUUUAUUUUUCAAUUAUUCCAGCUUCGUCACAUAAGUUUCACCACGGUACUAAGUAUAAGAAAUUUCUCUUUCGCACUGGGUGUUUAUAUGCAUAACAUCAUUAAUACUGAGGUUGUGCUGUGUUCUGAAAUUUUGUGUUCUAACUUUAUUAGUGUCAUCUUUAAACACAAAAUUGUAGAUAUAGCAGUAUUGGCCUUAGUUUAGACAAGAUGUAUAGCAGUUUAGUGGCCGGAUUGUUCAAUUCACAGCGGGAACAUAGUAGUAAAAGACAUAUAUUAGCAGGUCUAUAAUUUUUAAUCAUUUUUUUUAACAACGGUGCAAUGUUUCAAAUAUCGUGGAAAAAUACGCGCUCGUCUCUUAAGAUAUAAACAUGUAAAGUAUUAUAGAGAGAAAGAUAUUUGGAUUAUUGGAUUGGAUAUAUUUUUGUUGUAAACAAUCUUUUAAUGUAAUUUUACUCAAGUUAUUUUUGUACUAUUACGUGAGAGUUAAGUUCAUCUACUUAAAUCAAUCCGCUAACCCACUGUUAUUCUGUAUUGAGGGUUUCUUAGAAAUUAAAACAGUAUGCUAUAAA